ACGCCGGUCGCACGGCCCAUACAAGACAAAUUUUACAUACACAAAGAAAAAUCCCACAAACAUUAAUAAAAAAAAUAUUUGCCACUCUUGUUUCUCACUGUUGUUUACUAGCUUUCUUGCUUUUCUAUCACGAUCACGAUCACAAUCACAAUCAACAUACACUAAUUCUUCUUAGACGGCCAUAAACAAUUUUCAGAACUCUUUCUCUUUCACUAAUUCUUGAAAACAUGAAUGACUUGCUAGCGGAUUCGAGCUUCGUUGAUGCCAAAGAUAAUGGUUCCAAAGAAUCUGAUAUCGAGCUGGGCAACAGAUUUACGAGGAGCCGAUCAGAUUCUGGCAUGGACAGCUUUAAUAAGCAGAUACAAGAAAUCGAGAAGCAGGUGGAUAAACUUUCUGGUUUACUGAAGAGCCUUAAGGAUGCUAAUGAGGAAACAAAAUCUGUUACUAAAGCAUCAGCAAUGAAAGCUAUAAGGAAGCGGAUGGAGAAAGAUAUAGAUGAAGUUGGGAAGAUUGCAAGAAAUGUCAAAGCAAAAAUAGAAGCAAUAAAUAAAGAGAACUUGGCUAAUCGACAAAAGCCUGGAUGUGGAAAGGGUACAAGUGUUGACAGAUCAAGGACAAAUAUGACCAAUGCCUUGACAAAGAAGUUCAGAGAUGUUAUGAUAGAAUUUCAGACAUUAAGGCAGAGAAUAGACGACGAGUAUCGUGAAGUUGUAGAGCGAAGGGUGAUAACAGUCACUGGAACUAGACCAGAUGAGGAGACAAUCAACAACCUGAUAGAAACUGGAAGUAGUGAACAAAUCUUCCAGAAUGCUAUCCAAGGAAUGGGACGUGGACAGGUCUUAAGCACCGUAGAAGAAAUUCAGGAAAGACAUGAUGCAGUGAAGGAAAUUGAGAGAAAGCUUCUUGAUCUGCAUCAGAUUUAUCUAGAUAUGGCUGUUCUAGUUGAAGCUCAAGGAGACUUGUUAGAUAAUAUUGAAACACAGGUGGGAUAUGCAGUGGACCACGUUAACAUGGGUACAGAUGCUCUUCAAACUGCAAAGAGCUUGCAAAAGAAAUCAAGAAAAUGCAUGAUGAUCGCCAUAAUUUUGCUUCUGAUUAUUGCUGCUAUUAUCGUGCUCUCUGUAAUCAAACCUUGGAAGAAAUAAUCAGUAACAGAGAAUCAACAUUACUUGCUGUGAAUUCAUUUCUUACUUCCUAAUUCCCAUUCCACUUUCCCUGUUUCCUCUUCUUUUGUUCUAUGUAUCAUCCUUUUUCUUCUCACAUUGUAUUAUUUCUGUAUCUAAUAAGGGGAGA